AUGAGCUCUUCAGAUUCGGAGGAAAUGCUGAUGUUCUCCUUGGAUUCGAGUGACGAAGAGGACAAGCUGCUUCUGCUUAUUGCCAUCGAGGAGGAACAAGCAGCAGCGGUGUGUCGUAGCUGUCAGCGUGGGUCCAUGCUGGGCCAUGCGGUUAUAGACCGUCAUCACCGCGAAGGUGCUGCUAGGCUCUACAACGACUACUUCGCCGACAACCCUGUGUACAGUGAUGUCCUGUUUCGGCGGAGGUUUUGUAUGACGCGGCGUUUGUUCUUGCGUAUUGCGGCCGCUGUGGAGGAGCAUGACGCCUGGUUCCGGCAGGGAAGGGAUGCAACGGGGAAGCUCGGCCUUAGCCCGUUGCAAAAAAUGACAGCGGCGAUCCGGCAACUAGCAUACGGCGUCAGUUUCGAUGCAGUUGACGAGUAUGCUAUUGUGGAGGUGUUCGGAGAUGAAUAUCUGUGUGCUCCCACUGAAGUUGACACCGCGCGUCUCCUGGCAGAAGGCGAGUGGCGUGGGUUCCCCGGGAUGCUGGGGAGCAUCGACUGCAUGCAUUGGUCUAACUUAUAUACCAGGCUUACCGAUGGGACUGCCCCAACCGUGUCGUACACUAUCAAUGGUAACAGGUAUGACAUGGGAUACUACCUCGGCGACGGCAUAUACCCCGAAUGGGCGACCAUAGUGAAGGCAAUUCCUGCAUCAAGAGGCAACAAGAGCAUCCAUUUCUCCGCCAUGCAAGCAUCUGUCCGCAAGGAUGUCGAGCGUGCAUUUGGUGUCUUGCAAGCUAGGUUUGCUAUUGUACGCGGAUCAGCUAGAGUAUGGGAUCAAUCCACAUUGCAUAAUAUCAUGACCGCCUGUGUCAUUAUGCACAACAUGAUAAUUGAGAACGAGCGUGGAAGCGCAUCCACGGUGCAGGUGUUCGACUAUAUGGGGGAACCAACUCAAGUCCAUCGAAAUGUUGAUGAAGGCGUGCUGCAUUAUGUCAAAGCGACUCAAGCUAUCAGGAACCGUGCAAUGCACCACCAAUUGCGUGACGACCUUGUUGAGCACCUCUGGAGUAUUCAUGGUGCAUAG